AUGAGAACCGUAGACUGGAGUGAUCUCUCGAACUGGCGCAAGGCAUGCCUUGCAGUGUUUGCGGUGCUUGUUGUUGCAGCAGCGCUCACGAUCUCACUCAUCGUGACACAACAGUCCGACACCGAGCAGACAUAUCCUCAAGAGGCAGAUGCAUCCAACAACACCGCAUCUAACAUCUCCACCGACAACAAAUUCGCAGACAACAACGCUCAGGAACUCGCAACGCUUCAACCGAAGCCACUGUUCUUCUUCCUGGGCGACUCGAUCACGGAGGAGGCUAUCGACCCAGCGAAGGGCGGCUACAUUCCGCUGCUGGUGAACAAGGUGUCACGUUCGGCCGAUGUCGUCGCUCACGGACUGUCGGGCUACACGACAAGGUGGGUGCUCAAGUACGCGAUGCCAGUCGUCGAGGAUGAAAUCAAAAGCCACACGUUCACCCCAACGCUAGUCACGAUCUGGUUCGGAACCAAUGACGCCGUCAUAAUGAACGGUAGCAGAGCAGAGAAGCACGUCCCGGUCGACUCGUACAAGGAGAACCUGGUUGAAAUCGUGCGCAGAUUCCAGACACUGGUCCCUGCCGCCGAUAUCCUGUUGGUCACCCCACCGCACGUUGACGACGCCGCCCAACUCAAACAUGCAGAGGAGGAUACAGGGAAGUGGAAUGGUGUAGUGGAUCGAUCCAACGCCCGAUCGGGGAUGUAUGCUCGUGCAUGCGUCGAAACGGCCAAGGCAAUCGACAUUCCCGUGCUAGACUUGUACUCGUACUUCAACGCCAUGAACGCGUCCACACGGAAUGCGCUGCUGUGGGACGGGUUGCACUUUAGCCCGGAAGGGCAUGAGAUUGUGGUAGAGCUGUUCCUCAACAAAACGCAAAGCGAGUUCCCCGCCGUAGCCAAAGCGCUCGAUUCCUGGAAGAUCAUAAGUUCCAGCGUGUUGUCCGAGAGGGAUCCAUGGGUACCACCAAGCAGUACGAACGAGACGGCGAGUUAGUAUCUAUCUUUGAGUGUUAUAGUCCUAAUUCAUCACGGAAGUAGAAAGUUUGUUGACUAACUACAGUAGAUCGGAGAUAUCAUUCAUACCAAGAGCGUGAAUUGAACGUC